GUUGUGCAUGUUACUACACCAAUAAGAUGCAGAAUCGUACAUAAUUUAUGUGAUCAAAUUUGAAUCAUAUAUAUUGCUUUUGCACAUUGGGUGAUGCGUUAGGUUGAGUGGUUGGAGGGAGACAUUGCAGAAACAUUGGUUUCUAUUAUUCAAAUUUGAACCACUUUAAGAUUCCUUCCUUAAUGUUGUAUAUAUGUAUGACCUGAGAGCCAAUGAAGACAGAACAAACAUCUAAGCAUUUUCUUCAUCUCAAAACAGAGAAAUAAAGCUCAAACAAAAAAUGACAGUCUCCUUCCAUGUUCGAUCUAGCAGCUACCCUUCAAGGCAACACCCUCAAGCCGCUCAUGUCGAUGAGCAAUUGACCCGAUUGAGAUCUUCUGAGACAGCUUCUUCAUCUUCUAUCCGUCAAAGACUUAGCAACCUUCAAGAUUUACAUGAUUCUCUUGAAAAGAUGAUUCGCUUAUCUGUCACCAACCAUGCUUUAUCUCAAGAUCAGAUUGAGAAGUUUCUUGAUGGAUCCAUCAAAAUCUUGGAUUUGUGCAAUGUCGCCAAGGAUGCUUUGUCACAGAUGAAAGAAGGUCUCAUGGAGAUCCAAUCUAUUCUACGAAGAAAGCGUGGAGAUCUAUCUGCUGAGGUCAAGAAAUACUUAGCUUCAAGAAAGUUUCUCAAGAAAUCAUUUCAAAAAGCUCUAUUUAGCUUCAUGUCCGGAUCAAAGGCUUGUGGAAAAUGGCCACUAGUCUCAAAGAUGAUGAGCCAAAGCAAAGUUACAUGUGAAGCAGAUGCAAAUGAAUUCACAAGAGUAGACAUGGAGUUCCAAUCCGAAAAGUCGUUGCAGAUGGAGGAUGUGCAGAACUUAGAGUCAUGCAUUCAAGAUCUUGAAGAUGGGAUUGGGUCACUCUCUAAAUCAUUGAUCAAAUAUAGAGUCUCAAUUCUUAACAUCUAAUAGGUCACUGUGCCCA